AUAAUGAAGAUAAUUCGAAUGAUGGGACCCAGCCAUCCAAAAGGAGGCGAACGGGCUCAGGAGAUAGCUCUAGGAGCUGUGAGACUUCAAGUCAGGAUCUCAGUUUUAGCUACUAUCCAGCAGAGAAUCUGAUUGAGUACAAGUGGCCGCCUGACGAGACAGGAGAGUACUAUAUGCUGCAAGAACAAGUCAGCGAGUACUUGGGUGUGACUUCCUUCAAACGAAAAUACCCAGAUUUAGAGCGACGAGACUUGUCUCACAAGGAGAAACUCUACCUGAGAGAGUUAAAUGUCAUCACGGAGACGCAGUGCACCCUGGGUCUGACAGCCUUGCGCAGUGAUGAGGUGAUUGACUUAAUGAUAAAAGAGUAUCCAGCCAAGCAUGCAGAGUACUCUGUCAUCCUGCAGGAGAAGGAGCGCCAGCGGAUCACAGACCACUACAAGGAGUACUCUCAAAUGCAGCAGCAAAAUACCCAGAAGGUCGAAGCCAGCAAAGUGCCUGAGUACAUCAAGAAGGCUGCCAGAAAGGCUGCAGAGUUCAACAGUAACCUCAACCGGGAGCGCAUGGAGGAGAGAAGAGCCUACUUUGACUUGCAGACACACGUCAUCCAGGUGCCUCAAGGGAAAUACAGAGUGUUGCCCACAGAGCGGACCAAGGUCAGCUCCUAUCCUGUGGCUCUUAUCCCAGGACAGUUCCAGGAGUAUUACAAAAGGUACUCACCCGAUGAGCUGCGGUAUUUGCCGUUGAAUACUGCACUGUACGAGCCGCCUCUGGACCCUGAGCUCCCUGCUCUGGAGAGUGAUGGUGACUCAGAUGAUGUUGAGGAUAGGCGUGGUGAUGAGAAGUACCGGAGCAGAGGCGCUUCGGACAGCUCCUCCGGGGAUGCAUCUGACGGCGAGGGCUCUCCCAAUGGCCCCGAGGACUCCCCACAGGGAAGACCCAAGUCUAAAGAUAAAGCUGCUACGCCAAGGAAAGAUGGUUCCAAACGUUCUAUACUGUCCAAAUCAGUGCCCGGGUACAAGCCAAAGGUCAUUCCAAAUGCUAUAUGUGGAAUUUGUCUGAAGGGUAAGGAGUCCAACAAGAAAGGAAAGGCUGAAUCACUUAUACACUGCUCCCAGUGUGACAACAGUGGCCAUCCUUCUUGCCUGGAUAUGACUAUGGAGCUUGUUUCUAUAAUUAAGACCUACCCAUGGCAGUGUAUGGAAUGUAAAACAUGCAUUAUAUGUGGACAACCCCACCAUGAAGAAGAAAUGAUGUUCUGUGAUGUGUGUGACAGAGGUUACCAUACCUUCUGUGUGGGUCUCGGUGCUAUUCCAUCAGGUCGCUGGAUUUGUGACUGUUGUCAGCGUGCUCCCCCAACGCCCCGGAAAGUGGGCAGAAGGGGGAAAAACAGCAAAGAGGGAUAAAAUGGGUUUGACUCCAGUACUGUAAAAUCCAUUUAUGCAAACUAUUUGGUGCCAACUUAUUUACACUGAUUUUUAUGCCAAUAAAACCUUUCUUUU